AUGUCCAUCAAAACUACACACAAGCCUGACACACCGUCAAACGCCAACACCGGCACCAGCGCCGACACCAGUGGUGAGGACCUGGUCUAUACCUGUCCUCACUGCGAUCGCACCUUCACUUCACAAAUCGACCUGAGUGGCCAUUUGCGAAUCCACCGCACAGGGACCGACAAGCCAGUGCCUGGAGCACAAACCUGCAUCCGCCUUCACUGUCCACGCUACCCUCGCACAUUCAUGUACCGCAUGGGCCUAUUCGGCCACAUGCGUAUUCAGGAGAGCCGAAUUGACCGCAACAUUGACACCCCUAGCACAUCCAGCACACCCUUCGAUGCCUAG